CUGAGACUCAAGAAAGACCCCAGUCGAAAACUUUCCUCUUCAGUUUUCUAGCCGCGGCCGUCGCGAUGAAGUCACGCGCCGGCACGCCGCCCGUCCUGUACUCGUACGCGUCGAUGCAGCAGCGGAGCGGCGGCGGCAUGAGGUGGCGCGAGUGCGUUGCCGUGCUGGGCGCCGCGGCCAUGGUGGUGUUCGUCGUCACCCACUCGCUCCUCCCAGGGGCCAGGGUGGGGGAUCUGGGCGACGUGGUUAGCCCAGUGCUCCGUCUCCGGAGAGCCAGGCGGGAGGAGGCGGCCGUGCCGUCGUCGGAGAAGACGGUGGGGGAAAUCGGCGAUGAGGCCGAUGGCUUCCCGUGGAGCAACGCCAUGCUGCAGUGGCAGCGCACCGGUUACCAUUUCCAGCCGGACAAGAACUACAUGAACGGUAUGGAAUCCAUUACUUCCGAUGAUGGAAUUUUUAGAUGCAAAUCCUCCUGUGUUCUUUCUCCUCGCCUUGCUCUAUGUUUGGAGGAAGAAACUGACUGGCAAUGGCUAGCUGCCUUUUUUGCUGUCUUUUUGUUUGUUUGCUUGGCGGAGAAAGAAACUGACCACCGUUUGCUUACGUGCUCCGGCGACAUGCAUGCAUAUAUGCAUGCAGAUCCAAACGCUCCAAUGUACUACCGUGGAUGGUACCACUUCUUUUACCAGUACAACCCGGAGGGUGUCACGUGGGGAAACAUCUCGUGGGGCCACGCCGUGUCGCGAGACAUGGUCCACUGGCACCACCUACCCCUCGCCAUGGUGCCUGACCGAUGGUACGACAUUAACGGCGUUUUGACGGGCUCCGCCACCAUACUUCCUGAUGGCAAGGUCGUCCUGCUCUACACAGGGAACACCGACACGCUCGCCCAGGUACAGUGUGUUGCCGAACCUGCAGACCCUCAUGACCCUCUCCUCCGCACCUGGAUCAAGCACCCCGCCAACCCGGUCCUCUUCCCGCCCCCCGGGACAUACAAAAAGGACUUCCGUGACCCCAUGACCGCAUGGUUUGACAAGUCCGACAACACAUGGCGCACCAUGAUCGGGUCCAAGGACAACAACGGGCAUGCUGGCAUCGCCCUCAUGUACAAGACAAAAGACUUCGUCAAGUUCGAGCUCAUCCCGCGUCCGGUCCACCGCGUCGAGGGCACCGGCAUGUGGGAGUGCGUCGACUUCUACCCUGUUAGGGGCAAUAGCAACUCAUCACAGGAAGAGUUGUACGUCCUGAAGGCGAGCAUGGACGAUGAACGACAUGACUACUACGCAUUGGGAAAGUAUGACGCAGUGACCAACACAUGGACACCGCUGGACCCAGAAGCAGAUGUGGGAAUCGGACUGAGGUACAAUUGGGGAAAGUUAUUUGCGUCCACGACAUUCUAUGAUCCGGCAAAGCGGCGACGUGUGAUGUGGGCGUAUGUUGGUGAGACAGAUUCCAACCGGACCGACCUCGCCAAGGGAUGGGCAAACCUCCAGGCGAUUCCGAGGACGGUGGCGCUGGACGAGAAGACCCGGACGAACCUCCUCCAAUGGCCGGUGGAGGAGAUUGAGACCCUCCGUCAUAAUGCAACUGACCUCAGUGGCAUCACCAUCAGCACUGGCUCCGUCUUCCCCCUGCAUCUCCGGCAAGCCGCUCAGCUCGACAUAGAGGCCUCCUUCCGCCUCAACACUUCUGACAUCGCAGCCCACAACGAGGCCGACAUCGGCUACAACUGCAGCACUAGCGGUGGUGCCACCAACCGGGGUGCGCUCGGCCCCUUCGGCCUCCUCCUCACCAACGGUCACAGUGAACAAAUGGCAAUGUACUUCUACAUGUCUAGGAGCCUUGACGGGGACCUCCGGACCCACUUCUGCCAUGACGAGUCGCAGUCAUCGCUGGCCAGGAAUGUUGUGAAGCGUGUGGUGGGCAGCACUGUUCCGGUGCUCAACGGAGAGGCCUUAUCCGCUAGGAUUCUUGUGGAUCAUUCCAUUGUGGAGAGCUUCGUUAUGGGCGGGAGAUUGACGGCGACGUCCCGAGUGUACCCGACUGAGGCCAUCUAUGAGGCGGCUGGGCUGUACGUUUUCAACAAUGCUACCGGCUCCACUCUCAUCGUCGAUAAGCUCGUGGUGCAUGAGAUGCAUUCAACACCGAUGCAACUAGAUCUUUUUGCACGAGAUUAACUUCCAACCGGUUUCUCUUUACUAAGUUUGUUUUCUGAUUA